GGUGAGCAUGGGAGGGUGAGCGUGUUCGUGGGAGUGGGAGUGGGUGGGAGAUAGGGGUUUCAGAUGCUGCGCUGAUGAUGCUGGGGAUGGGGAUGAUGAUGCGACAGCGCGGCCGUGUGGUCGAAGAAGCGGGUUGAAGAAUCUAGUCUUAGAAGAAUGCCGUGGUGUGCAUAUGAAGUCGAGCAUCGCCCAAGGUGCGAAGUGCGAGGUGCGAGGUGCAAGGUGUAUGUUGAAGAAUGCCGCGGUGCUAAGCUGAAAUCGAGCAAGACUCGGGUCGCACGGACGAAUGCCGUAGUACAAACGCGAAAUCGAGCAUCGUCCAAUCGCGAUCGCACAACGAAGUCCAUACACCCAGGCAGAAGUCUCAGUCAGGCGACCGAAGACGUAGAAGACGUGAGCAAGACGGGAAGCCCAGCCCUAACCCAGUGCGAUACGACACCUCUGGGGAGGACGCUAGAGAGCUCGUGAUGCUGCUAGAAGGUGGAAUCCGGCUGGGAUGGGAUUGGGAGGAUUGGGACAGGCGGUGCCAGCGUGGGGGAUAGGACUGUUUAGGCUUGCCUGGUGCCGGAUUGGUUGACUUCGUGGAGCAUGCGCGGGUGAGGUGAAGUAUUCGUUUUUCCGGGACUGUGUUUACGUUUGGGGGUUUGAGAUUGUGGGAUCUGAGUGCCCCGAGCAUAUGGUUACAGUAGUGUGGGGGUCGCAAGAACUUGAGCUUGAACUCGCACUCGAACGAAGAUUGGGACUGGACCACUGCCCAAGGUGGGAAUCCCGGCCAUUCGAGCCAGACCGAGUAAACCACACCGAACGCUGCCAACUGCCCAAGUAGGUAGUCCCGGUCCGGCGGAGUUAGCCUCCCUUUUUUCCCAGGGAGGGCGACCAGAUUCCAGAUUUGUUGGAUUUCAGGUUCCAGAUCUCUCAGUUUGAAAGCGAGAGCCGGUCCCGUGCGUGCCGGGUGGUCGUGUUCCUGGGAUGGGGGGUUUGAGAACCGGUGCAGUCAGCCUAGGGCGGCUAUCUGGUCGAGCCGAAAAGGUGUUACCCGAUUUCCUAGGGGGUGGCCAGAUGUCGGAUCCGUUGGAUUCUAUAUUCCUCAGAUUGAAAGCAUGCCCCUUGGGUACCGUUGGUCGUGUUCCUAGAGAGAAGCACGGAAUGUUGUCCAAGGCGGUGCUCCCGGUCUGGCCGAGAAAGCCUCGUUUUUUCCCAGGGAGGCGAGGAGGUUCCAGAUCCGUUAUUAGACGCUCUCGAGGUUCCAGGUUCGAGGUUCCGGAUUCCAGAUUUCUCAGAUUUAGAUUGCCCAG